AUGACGAUCUGUACUUAUAACGCCUGUACGCUUGCAUCGGAUGCGGAUAUUCAAGAUCUGAUGAUGCAAGCCAGGAAGUUUUGCCAGAACUACGACGUCAUCGGAAUGACCGAGAAGAGACGACGCACCCCACUGAACGCCGUAUUUGAUACUGGAGAAGAACUGUUCUCAGGAACAUGCGACAGUAGAGGAGCUGGUUGGGUUGACGUCCUAGCCAACACGAGUACGGCGAAAAACAUCGACUCUUUCGAAUAA